CGCACCGACCGAAGCAUGCCCCAGCGCAGCCAUGACUUGCUCGGCGUCAGAUAGCGAGAAGAUCGUGAUCAACUGCGGCGGGAUCCGACACGAGACCUACCGGAGCACCCUGAAGACGCUGCCAGGGACGCGCUUGUCUUGGCUGACCGAGCCCGACGCCUACAGCAACUUCGACUACGACCCAAAGUCCGACGAGUUUUUCUUCGACCGCCACCCGGCCACCUUCGCCUUCAUCCUCAACUACUACCGCACCGGGAAGCUCCACUGCCCCAACGAUGUGUGCGGCCCGCUGUUCGAGGAGGAGCUCGCCUUCUGGGGCAUCGACGAGACGGACGUGGAGGCGUGCUGCUGGAUGAACUACCGGCAGCAUCGCGACGCCGAGGAAGCGCUGGACAGCUUCGAGACCCCCGAGCCGGACGCACCUGAGGAUGACCCGGCGCUCACCGGCGGCGCGGACGGCGACCUGAAGCGGCUGUGCAUGCAGGAGGACGGCCGCAGGGCGACGAGGUGGGAGGUGUGGCAGCCCUUCAUGUGGGCGCUGUUCGAGGACCCCUACUCUUCCAAAUACGCCCGGGAACCAAAGUUCAGCCAGUGA